AUGACUCCUCUUCCCAUCUCGCGCUUCCUGUCACGACGCAUUAAUGACUUGAUAGACUCCCAUGAACGGAUGAAACACCGCAACCAGGCUCACGCAUCUUUAUCGUCAUUUAAUUUAAAAAUGAUCCUGUGUGAAAUUAUCUCACGUAUACCAGAAACAAAGACCUCAUCUCCUAAUGUCAUCUAUUCCUCUUCCCUUGCCCAGAACCUACCUACAUCUCAGACCAGAGCCUACCCUGUGUUUGAGGUGCCUCUGCCGUCCCCCACCUUGAAGCAGAGAGGGUCAGAAGCACGCAUCAUCCGUGUCAGUAUGGACAAUGAGCAUGGCAAUGGCAACCUUUAUCGCAGCAUUGUGAUCACCAGCCAAGACAAGACCACAGCUGUAGUUCAGCGUGCCUUGCAGAAGCACAACCUAGAAGGGGACACCCCAGGCGACUACCAACUCCUACAGCUUUUAGAAGAUGGCCAAGAACUGCUGAUUCCUGGUGGGUCCAAUGUUUUCUACGCCAUGAAUCCUACUGGUCCUCAUGACUUCCUCCUGUGCCGCAAGAAAGGAGCCACCAAAGCCCGAGUCUUAGGGGUUGUACAGGCUAGUCACAAAACUGCCCCCCAACGUGCAGUUUCUCUCAAGGACUGUGGCACCAAGAUGCUCUCCAGCACUUCAUGCCCCACCUCUUUUUCCAGUACCCCAAACCUUGCAUCUCCUAGCCCAGAAAGGCGCUACCCAUCACUCCUUGGUUUGGACCCAGAGUUCAGGCCAAAUCUCCUGGCACCCUCAUUUCCACCCUCCCCCUCUUGGUCCUUGGGAAUCCAGGCUCAAAGUGUCCCCUUGGAGUCUCCACUUCCUUCUCCGACCCUGACUCAUUUAGAAACAAUGGGAUCCUUCAGGCCGGCCCUGCCUAACAUAGUUCUACCUUCUUCAUUGCAGAACCCAGAAGCCUCUGCUCCUCUGCCCCAAUCACCCCCUCACUACUCCUCGGAGCCCUGCUUUUGGUCAAAGUCCUCUAAACAGAAGGUUGUCCAUCACCUGUCAGCUCCUUAAUCUCUUAAGAGCUCAGACACGAGGCCACAGGACAGAGAAGUAAACCCCCAGGGGUGGAAUUGAUAUAUCUGCUAGAGAGAAAAAUAAUAUUUCAAAUAUAUAUUCAAAACAUGGUUGAAAAUGUGUUUUUUGAGUGCAGAAAAACCUUGGGCUGAUGAGAAUCUUUGUGGUUUAGGAGAUAUUAUGCUCAUACAUCCCACAAGGGAAAGGUGAGAGGGGAAACCAAAUUUGGUUGUUGUAGGUUUUUUGGGCUGUAUGGCCAUGCCCUUGAAGUAUUCUCUCCUGACAUUUCACCUGCAUCUAUGGCAGGCAUCCUCAGAGGUUGUG